UCGGAGUGUUAGUCUGCUACGCCGGAAGUCAAGGCAGUUUCGCUGUCAAGCUGGUUGUUACACGCUAAUUUGCUAAUUGUUUUCUUCAGUUAAUACGUACUACUUUUUGUAAUACUAGUAUAUUGUUUAUUCAAUAUGUUGAUCAAAGUAAAGACUCUCACUGGAAAGGAAAUCGAGAUUGAUAUUGAGCCCACAGACAAGGUGGAGCGAAUCAAAGAAAGAGUAGAAGAAAAGGAAGGGAUCCCUCCACAGCAACAGAGGCUCAUCUACAGUGGAAAGCAGAUGAAUGAUGAGAAAACAGCUGCAGACUACAAGAUCCAGGGAGGCUCGGUGCUCCAUCUUGUGUUGGCGCUAAGAGGAGGCUCAAUGUCCCACAGUUGCAGCAUACAUCUGUCCUCGUCAUGAAUUGCUGUUGUCAUGAGACUAGCAGAGUGCCAACACAUAGGUGUUCAUAACCACAUUGCAGCAGAGAAAUUUAAAAUUCUACUCAUCCGGCCAAUGCAAUAGGCAGUAAGAAAAUAAGAAUCAACCAUCCCAAAAAGGACGUUCUACUUCCUUUGUAGAUGUUUUUUGUAAACCCAAAUUGGCUUUUUAAGUUUCAAGCAGUUGAUACAGGCACCCAUGCUUUGUUAGAGACAGUUUAAGAACACUGUGGUCUUUUUGUUUGUGAAUAAAUGCCGAAGUUGAAUUA